GCUGUUGGAUUGUGAGUAAAUAUUCAACUCCUACAACGAUGACCAAUACCUAUCAGCGCCAGUUUUUAAGCGAAUUUAUUUCAUUAUACAAAAGCUUUCCAUGCCUGUGGGACAUUACAGCGAAGGAGUACCUUGAUCGUGGCGAAAAACAGAAAGCAUACAAUCGAUUGGUACAGAAGUACAAAGAAAUAGACAAACAUGCGACCCGCAGUACAGUGGUGAAGAAGAUCAACGUACUCCGAACAUGUUACCGUAGAGAGCUGGGCAAGUUGAAUAAAUCACUCCAAUCGGGCUGUGGCGAUAAGGCACACAAUCCAAAGUUGUGGUAUUUCGAUUUGUUAGCUUUUUUGCACGAAUCGAAAAGCAGGGAAGUUGAAUCAUCAUACGACGACGACGGCAGUAUCAAUACAACAAGCGUAAAUGAACCGAAUCAAAACAUUUUGCAGCACGCAAAGUUUGAGUUUAUCAACGAUUCGUCUGUCGAUAGCAACUAUAUUGCUACAACUGCGGAUGAGCAAGUGUACUCAUCGUGCAGUCUAUCGCCUAUUCCAAUAGCUGAAAAAAGACAGGUUUCUUCCCUCAAUCAGGAGUCAAAUCCACAAACUGAUAGUACUAACAAACGAGUGAUGUUUUCGUCAAAAGGCGAAGAUUCUUUCGAUAUCUUUGGUAAACACAUUGCCUACAAACUGCAGUCGUUAAACAAACAGCAGUACAUACUGGCCCAAAAGUUAAUCAACGACGUGCUGUUUGAAGGGGAAAUGGAAACACUGAACAGAAAAUGUAGCAUAAUGGAUCGAAAUAAUCAUCAGCCUAACCUUAGGUAAGGUUUGAACUAAACUAACAAAAGAGACACACCCGUGAUUGGUCAUCAUUGGUUCGAUAACCAUAUCUUAUCGCUUAUGGAAUACAUACCACUUAUGCAAUCGAGUUGUUUAUUAUCGUUUAUAUUAUUUUACACGGCGGCAUGAACUCUUCAUCUUCCCCGUUUAUUAACCAUCGCGUUUCAUCGGUCCCCUUAAUAAUUAUGAUAAACUGUAAGCAAAUAAAAUUAAGUUCAAUGUGAGCUGUAGAUUAUAAAGGAAUACAUCAUUAAGUUUUCGCUACACAUUGUUGAAUAAAAGUCAUGUUCAGCUGCCAAAGUGCCUUGUGGCACCCUUUCUA